AUGUGUCGGAGGCGCGGUUUGAAGGCAAACAAAGCUUACGUUUGUGUUUUUGUGUGUAAUGCCACCAAGGCGGUGCAUUUAGAAGUCGUUUCGGACUUAUCGGCGGAAGCCUUUAUAGCGGCUUUUAGAAGAUUCGUAGCGCGUCGCGGUUGCGUCUCUCAUGUUUAUAGCGAUAAUGCUACCAACUUUGUUGGAGCGCAUAAUAUAUUUAUCAAAAAUGCACGUUUAGCCGCUCAAGAAUUAGAAAUUCAAUGGCAUUUUAGUCCCCCUUCCGGGCCCCAUUUUAAUGGGCUCGCCGAAGCAGGUGUUAAAUCGAUUAAAACCCAUCUACUUAGAGUAGUUGGAGAACAGCGACUCAGUUUAGAAGAGUUUUCUACAUUGCUGUGCCAAAUAGAAUCGCUACUUAAUUCCCGACCGAUCUGCUCCCAUAGCACCGAUCCUAAUGAUGUUUCAUCAUUAACCCCUGGUCAUUUUUUAACGAUAGAUCCAUUAAAUUCCAUACCGGAUCCUGACAUAUCUCAUUUAAAAUUAAACACCUUAAAUCGCUGGCAAUUUCUACAACGGCUACAUGCUGAAUUUUGGAAACGGUGGCAUGUGGAAUAUUUGAAUACUUUACAACAGCGUUCAAAAUGGUUAGAUCCGGGUAACCCGAUUAAGCUCAAUACUUUGGUUCUUAUUAAAGAUGAUUGCAAACCACCUUUACAAUGGUCUUUAGGACGCGUUAUUGCUCUUCACCCUGGUGAAGAUGGCCAUGUUAGGGUGGUUACCGUAAAAACGGCAAAGGGUAUUUUGCGUAGACCCAUCGGUAAACUUUGCCCUUUACCAAUUAAUUAA